UUGAGGUGAUUUCACGAUGCCUGAUGCAGGGGCUGUGUUGUCUUAAGCAACUUACGGUGGUUCUCUGAACCACAAGUUCCUCAUCGUUAGAACAGGCUUCAUCACAGUACAACCUGCUGGGUAGCUGUGGGAGUUCGGUGAGAUCACCAGUACAUGCAAAGCGCGCACUGAGGUCAGUCUGGCACACAACGAGGGCCCGAGAACCAGCGAGAGUGGUGGCAAGUGGGGCAUCGCCACUAUUUUUAUUAUAACCCUCACUGCUUCGGGGCAGCCUCCCAGCUAUCUGUGCAGGAUCUUCUAAGCACCUGCCCCGUGGGGGUACAACAACGAACAAGAAGUUCUUCUGGAGCUCACACUCUGGUGGGAGAGAUGGAAUACAAAAAUAAGGACACAUAGUAAGUGAGAAGAUGUUUUACUCUGGUAAGUGCCUCCCAGGAAGUCCACAGGGUGCUGGGUGAGAGGGGCAGGGAAUGGGGGUUACCUGAGCAAGGGGUACAGGUCAAAGCGGGCCCCCAGAGCUUCAUGGAAGAGCUUUGGGGCCUGCCAACUAGAGGAUGAGAAGGUGCUGACCUUGCAAAAUGCAGAGGGAAGAGCACGGCAGGCAGAAAGAACAGUAUGUGCAGAAAUCGUGACGGGGAAAGGGAUCCUUGUGGAUGUAUUUUAUAUUUUGAAAAAAGAAAACCAGGGGCGCCUGGCUGGCUCUGUCAGAAGAGCGGACGCCUCUCGAUCUCGGGCUCGUGAGUCGGAGUCCACGUUGGAUGCAGACAUGCCUUUUCAAAAGACCUCAAUCUUCAGUUAUGAGCAGUGCCAGGUUGAUUUCUUCAUUCAGCAGACAAGCCCCUACUGGGUAGCCAGCCCUGUGCUAGGCCCUAGGGACAAACAGAGCUGCAGGAAAGCGACAUUCUUGUCACACACAUCCUGGACUUGGCACCCCAUGGAGAUGAGCUGGUCUGCUGUUUGCGAAGGGCUCCCAGCUUGGAUCCUUGGGGAAUCCAAAUAAACCGGGCAGGUUCAGGCCUCCCAGGCCUCCCGCCAGCCCAAGGCUCCAGGCUUCCAAAGGAGAGAGGCUUCUGUUUCCGGCCUCUCCCUCCCCCACCCACCUGGGCACAGAGGGUCUUUCAUCCAUUGUUCCUGCUUCCUGCCCAUCCAUCUCCAGCUGCUGGUCUGAACCCCGCAGAUUUACGCUGACAAGCGGAUGCUUUGACCAAGACCCUCGAGGGGGAUAGGGAGGGGAGCAGCCCAGGGUGAGGGGGAGGGUGGGGAGGGAGGGCUCCCUCUUUGUGACAAGGAAGAGUUUCCUGCCCUGAAGAGGUGUUAGACCCUGAGGGCUGAGAGGAAGGGAAGCAAGCCUCUGUCCCUGAAAGCGCCCCCCUGCUGGGAGACGGCAUGAUUAAUGACCCCUGACUCGGCAGGACCCCCAUGCCCCUGGGACUGGGUUUGGGUUAAGCAACAUCUUCCCUGGUGCCAUUUCUGAUGGCGUAGAGUGAGCACUGGACUUGGAGUCAGGAGACCUGGGUUUAGGUUCCAUCUCCGCCAACUCUUCGCUGGGUGACUUAGAUAAAUUUCUUAGCCUCCUUGGGCCUCAGUGUCCGCAUCUGACAGAUGGGUCUAAUAAUCCAUGCCCAUCAGUGUUGUGACCAUGAACGUGAUCUUGUAGGACAGAUGGCUGCAAAAUGUCAUAAUAUGAAACACGUUUUCUGCCCUGGGCUCUCUUAUCCAAAGUAGGAGGUUUCAGACUGGCUCCUGUUAAGGGGGGCUUGUGUGAGCACCUACUGGGUGCCCGGCUGCUGUGCCAGUGUUGAAGAUAAGGAGUAACAAGGCUCAGUUCUCGUUCUCAGUGGAGACAGACGAGCAAACAGACGUGCCUCACGUGACGGGUUGAAGGGUUUGCGUGUACCAGCCAAGAGUGGGGCUCUGGAACCAGCCUGCUUGGUCUCUAGCCCAGUUCUGUCAUUUACUGGCUGUGUGGCUGGUAGGCAAGUCACUUAACCUCUCUGUGCCUCAAUUUCCUAAAUACAUAAAAUGGGGGCGGAUAAUUACCCACCCUGUAAGACUGUUGUCAGGAUUAAAUUAUUUGAUACUUGUAAAGCACUCGGUACAGUACAUGUUACAGAGUACACCUUAAUAAAUACAAAUGACUAUUAUUAUAGGGUCUGCAUUUUGCCCAGAACGACAGAGUCUGGUCCCUGAGCUGGAGCUGCGGCAGCCAAGCCCGAAGGAAGCUGAUGCCCAGCGGACACCUGGUUGGGCAUCGGUUCUCCAUGGCUGGCUGUGUCUGUCUCUCCUGGGACACUGUGGGAUCAGGCACCUGCGGUCCAGCCAGAGCUGCCAUUUGCAUGAAAUUGGAGCAGGUCCCGAGGUGCCAGAGCUUUGCAAGGAGAGUGGCAGCCACGUGGUCCCACCAGGCAGCGAGAUGUGGAAACGUGGCCGGGGUGAGCUCUCGCUCCGGGGCACUGAGCCGGGUGCAAGGGCACCAUACAGCUGCAGACCCCUACCUAAUGGGCAGAGAACCCUCAACUGGACACCAGGCCCCCUUAGCCAGAAAGCUCCAGGAACCCCUUGAUCCUCAAGAGAGAGGGAAGACCAGGAUCAGAAUGCAUUGGGUGAAAAUAAAUACUGCGACCUUCUUCCCCUCAGUGUAGUCCAGAAUUUGUAAAGGGACGAAGACCCCUCAGCCCCAUUCUACUCACAUAUACGUGGUCUGUGGACCAUGUGACUCACUUCAGAUCAAAGCUAACUCAGGAAAGAGCAGAAUCACUGACCACCGCUCUCGCCCUGGAUGAUCAGGAAAUGCUGCUGGGGUUUCUUGCUCGGUCGUUAUUAAGGAACCACCCGACCUAAUGAGCUGGAAAUAAUCCUAUACAUUAAUUGAAAGACAAAUGAUCAUCUAAGAUAGAGUCGUUAUUACUACAGGUGCUGAUGAAGUCAACACAGAGUGGGGAGGGGGUGGCCUAAGGGACCUCCAACCUGGCCAGUGGGGAGUCCAAGGAGAUGGGAAAAGGAGUUGAACCUCAUGUGCCAAAUAGGAAUGAACCAGCCACGGGAAGGGCCCUCCUGGCAGAGGUGCGGGCAGGAGAAACAGAGCCGGACGCUCCGGGGGUGCAAGGGGAGACCAGACGACCCACAGGAGCCCAUGAGGCAGAGCUGAAACUCAGGUCCUUCCUGUCAGCCACGUGAAGCCAUGGGGCCACGAUCCUGCAGACAAUGAGAGGGUUGGAAGCCAUGGACGGACAGAUCCGAUUUGAAGUUUUGCCAGCCACACUGUUGAAGUUUGGAGGAUGGGUUGGAAGGGCGAGGCCUGAAGACAGGGAGACACCCCCAGGAGGCUGUGAGUAGUGAAGGGGAGGAAAGGUUUCCCGCCCCUCAGUGUUGUUUUACAGGCUAAGUGACAAUGCUACUCAUGAAGGGCCUAGUACGGUGCCUGGCACGUAGUGGGUACUCACGGCUCUCAGCAAACACAGCUAAAUGCAGAGGGGUCUGGGCUGGGGCGGUGGCGGUAGGGAUGGAGUAAAGGACUGGCUUGAGAAACACUGAGAAAGGCGAAUCUGUAGGAAUCACGGACUGAUGAGAUAUGGGGGUGCGAGAAAAGGAGUCAGAGAAUUCCUUCGAUAUUUACGAAGCACCUGCCAUGUCCGUGAGCCUUCUUCACGCAUCCACCAACUUUUUGUUGAGUACCUACUCCGUGCCAGGCGCUGUUCUGGGGGCUGGGGCUCUAAAACACAACAGAGCUACUCUCUGGUCCCCUGGCGCUCACUGAGCAGACUUCAUGAACAAUAAUGGAAGGACCAACGGCCUGCUUUUGUGAGAUGGCCCGAGACUGCUAGGCCCUCGGGAGUGGCCUUCCAGCAGUCUCUUGGCGAUCCGCAAGCUUCUGAAACCUCCCAUGCCCCAAACCGGAUUCCCACACCCGCCCGUCUGGCCUGCACGUGUCCCUACCUCAGGAAAUGACACUGCCACUCACCAGGUGCUCAGGCCAGAAACCUGGGUGUCCCUUCUAGUGCCUUCUUUCUCUCCCCCCUCUUUCCACUCCCGAUCCAGUUCAUCUGCAGCUCCUGUGAAGUUUCUUUCCAAAACAUACUUUGAGGUCUCUCCCCAUCUUAGUCCAGGCCCCUGGCACUCCUGCAGGACGCCAUUUCCACUGCCUGGCUGGUCUCCUUGCUGCUUGACCCUCGCCUCAUUACCCCACACGACAGGCAAGAGCAAGCUGCUGCUGCUGCUUUUUUUUUUUUAACAGGUGAAAGCAACGAUCUCACAUCUCUGAGAGGAUUUUCCACUCGCAUCUGACUUUCUACUACAAUUUGGUUUCCUGUGGUGGUUACGGAGGCUGCCAAGCCAGCGGGCUUUGUUAUGCUGGGGCGCAGAGAAAGGCCUCCGGAGAAAACCAAGCCUCCCCUUGCACCCUCAACCCUGUGUGGACAGAGAAGCCAGGGCGGUAAAGAGCAGACUGCCUAGUUUUGAACCCUGGCUCCCCCAUUUCCUAGCAUCUAGCAGUGACGCUUUGGAUUCUGCACUUCUCCAGGAAGGGGCCAUCCUGCAUCCCUGCAUCUGAGCACACAGCAGGUGCUCAAUAAAUGCUUGUCGACUCAACUAUUGAGCAGAGAACUGACCAAAGAGAUCUGGAAAGUAGAGCGUGGGGACAGCUUUCACAGGACAGUCUGCCCAUCCGCCUGGAAGUGAAAGUUGCACUGUUAGUUCUGAGAGCAUGAGAAAGAAACCCACGACUUCCAUGGAACAGCAUCAGUCUGGGCCCAGGAUAUUCAAGGCUAUGUGAGCUGUCGCCUGAUGUCUCAGAUCAGCCUUCCCAGCCGCCCCCAGAGUGUGACCGGUCCUCCUCUGCCGAGCCUCGGGGUUUGUAUAUGCUUCUGUAAUGGCUUUUGGCAAAUAUUGUGGUUGUCUGUUGAGAUGUCUGUCUCCCCAGCUAGUCCGGGAGCUCCUGGGGGUCAAGAGCUGCAUGGUGGUCAUCUCUGCUCCCAGCUCCCUGUACAGAGCCUGGCACACAGCAGAUAGUCAGCAAAAGUUACUCGAGAGGAUAAAUACAUAUUUGGGAAAGCAGUGUGGAUUUUUAUUAUUCUGCCAUACCUGGAGUCCUUGACGAAUACAACAGGGUACAUGUCACUCUAAACCACAAUAGGGGCCUUGGCAGGAAACAGAUGGUGCACUCAAGUGGAGUCGUUUGAAGAGAGUUUAAUCAAGAGACCAUUAACAAUGACCGUGGUCAGGAUUCAGGGCGACCAGGAGGGAUGGUGCAGUGUCCUAGGGCUGGCAACGAUGGGGAGCUGUUACCACCUGUAGCCCAAAGGACGGAGAGGGAGAAGUUACCCAGACCCAGGGCCAGAGAUGUAUGCAUGCAAGGGGCCGCCUGCAGGGGCUGGAGCCCUUGGGCGAGGGACACAGCCAAGCCAUAGCCACCUUGCAGGAAGAGGCUGGGGGAGUAACUACACGCCCUCUGCCCUCCUGCCCUGCCCAACCGGAAACCAGAGGGCAAAGGAGGCCAUUGAUGUCAACCACAAAAUUCACCUAUAAGGGGAUAGAACAGGAUGGAGAAGGACCGUGGGGAGUUCUAGAGGGGCAAAGAGAGAAGUCCAGCACUGGAAGGAACAUUAUGCCCCCAGGAUCUUUCAGGGCCUCUGGACACCUUAUAAAGUGCAAAAAAUGGUCACAACCAAGCACAGUCUUUAGGUAAACGACUACUGUAUUCCAGGUGUUGUGCUCCUCGGUUUUCCAGGCUCAGAGAGUCCAAGGAACCCACCCAAGGGCACACAACAGGAAAUGGCGCAGCCAGGAAUGGGACACAGCUUGGCCCUGAGCUCAGGUUCUCAUCACCUCUUCCUGGCUACGCGGCAGGCAGGUAUUACCGGCUGCUCGGUUUGCAGAUCAAGACCUGAGUCUGAGAAGGAAACGGCGUGUCCGUGGUGACCCCACGAAGCAGAUCCCGGGCAGCCAGAGUGGCCCGAGCGCCGUGGAUGCAGCUAAGAGCUCUGGCUUUGGACCCAGAUAGGCUGGCUUCAUCCUGGCUCUGCACCUACCGGAUGUAGUGACCUUGGGCAGGUCACUUUCCGGUGUCUUUGGUCUCAUCUGCAAAACAGGGACGACAGUAUCUACUCCAUGUGGCGUGAUGAGGAAACUGAGGCACCGGACAGGCCAAGUAUGUUGCACACACAGGGGCGGAUCCACAUUCUGCAGGAUAUGAGGAAAUUGAGGCUCGGAAAGGACCAGCGGCUUGCCCGACGGCACAGCGCAAAGAAGUGGUGGAACAAGACUCGAACCCAGGCAGCCUGACUUCAAGGACUCCGUUGAGCCACCUAAGAACCGUUACCUCCCUCAUCACCAGGGAUCAGUGCCUCCAGCCGGCACUCCUCCCCUCCCUUGGCACGUGCUCUCAUCCCUUACGGGACAGCUGCUUGGGCUCCCAGCAUGGGCAAAGAGAAGACCCACAUCAACAUUGUGGUCAUCGGCCAUGUGGAUUCGGGCAAGUCCACUACGACAGGACAUCUCAUCUACAAAUGUGGGGGCAUUGACAAGAGGACCAUCGACAGGUUUGAGAAGGAGGCUUCAGAGGUGGGCAAAGGCUCCUUCAAGUAUGCCUGGGUGCUGGACAAGCUGAAAGCAGAGCGGGAACGUGGCAUCACCAUUGACAUCUCCUUGUGGAAGUUUGAGACCAAGAAAUACUACAUUACCAUCAUCGACGCCCCAGGUCACCGUGACUUCAUCAAGAACAUGAUCACAGGCACCUCACAGGCAGACUGUGCUGUGCUGAUUGUGGCAAGCGGUGUGGGUGAGUUUGAGUCCGGCAUCUCCAAGCACGGGCAGACCCGGGAGCAUGUACUGCUCGCCUACACACUGGGUGUGAAGCAGCUCGUCGUGGCGGUCAACAAGAUGGACCUCACAGAGCCUCCUUACAGCAGUGCACGCUUUGAGGAGAUCAGCAAGGAGGUGAAGGCCUACAUCAAGAAGAUCGGUUACAACUCCGAGGCUGUCGCCUUUGUGCCCAUCUCGGGCUGGCAUGGGGACAACAUGAUGGAACCCAGCACCAAGAUGUCCUGGUUUAAAGGCUGGAAGAUCACCAGGAAGGAAGGAAACGUGGUGGGCAUGACAUUGCUAGAAGCACUGGACUCCAUCAUGCCCCCUGCCCGCCCUACAGACAAGCCCCUGCGGCUGCCUCUGCAGGAUGUGUACAAGAUUGGGGGCAUCGGCACCGUGCCCGUGGGCCGGGUCGAAACAGGCUUCCUCAAGCCAGGCAUGGUGGUGAACUUUGCCCCCUGCAACAUCACCACAGAGGUCAAGUCUGUAGAGAUGCACCACGAGGCCCUGGCUGAGGCCCUGCCUGGAGACAACGUGGGCUUCAACUUGAAGAAUGUGUGGGUGAAGGACAUUAGGCGGGGCUACGUGGCGGGAGACAACAAGAAUGACCCGCCCUUGGAAGUGGCGAGCUUCGUCUCCCAGGUGAUCAUUCUCAACCACCCUGGCAGCAUCGCAGCUGGCUACUCGCCAGUUUUGGACUGCCAUACGGCCCACAUCGCCUGCAAGUUUGCAGACCUCAGGGAGAAGAUUGACCGGCGCUCAGGCAAGAAGCUGGAAGACAAUCCCAAAGCCCUGAAGUCUGGGGACUCAGCCAUCGUUCAGAUGAUUCCACGAAAGCCCAUGUGUGUGGAAAGCUUCUCAGAGUACCCGCCCCUUGGUCGCUUUGCUGUGCGUGACAUGAGGCAGACGGUGGCUGUUGGGGUCAUCAAGGCUGUGGAGAAAAAAGCAGCGACUGGUGGCAAAGUCACCAAGUCUGCCAUGAAAGCGGCCAGGAAGUGA